AUGUCUGUCAGCCGCCUCCCAGACGAAACCCUCGUCUACACAACGCCUAGUGGCGUGGUCUACUUUGCCAGCGGCGACAACUCCAACUGCACCGUCUCGGCGUGCCCUAUUGAAUUGAGCGUCUAUGGUUACAGACCAUCAAUUGCCGCCAGCAGCACCCUCAUCGCUCUAUACGCCAUCUGCAUGGGCAUCCAAGCUGUAAUGGGCUUCCGCUACAAGAAAUGGGGAUUCAUGAGCGCCAUGCUUCUCGGCUGCCUCGACGAGAUCCUCGGAUACGUCGGGCGGAUCCUGUAUUGGCAGAAUCCAUGGGGUGACGCUGGGUUCAUCAUGCAGAUUGUGCUGAUCACAAUCGGACCCGUCUUCUUCUCCGCCGCCAUCUACGUAUUGCUGGCUCAAAUUGUCGAAUACAUCUGCGUCAAGCACUCCCGCUUCGCCCCGAAAUUCUUCUACUGGAUCUUCAUCCCCUGCGACAUCAUAUCCCUCAUCCUCCAGGCCGCCGGCGGCGCCAUGUCGUCAACCUCCAACGGCAAAUCCCAAACAGGCGUCGACAUCGCCCUGGCGGGCCUGAUCCUCCAAGUCAUCACGCUCGUGGUCUUUGCCGCCCUCUGCGUCGACUACGCCGUCCGCAGCCGUUCCGUGUGGAUGGCCGUCCGCUGGCCCCGCCGAUUUAUGCUCUUCUGCGCCUUCCUCACCGCGGCGACGGUCCUGAUCCUACUGCGAUGCUGUUAUCGGGUCUACGAGCUCAGCGAGGGAUACUCGCGCGACAGCGAGGCCUUGAGGGAUGAGCCCCUCUUCAUUGCGCUGGAGUCGGUCAUGGUCGUCCUUUCAGCUUACUGCUUGAUCGUCGCACACCCCGGCGUCGUCUUCAAGACCGGUGACGAGCACCUCGCGCCGGAGGAGUGGGUCGCCGAGAAAGGCCUGAAGACCGAGGGUGAUCCCUCUGGACCUUCCCCUGACGAUGUUGUCAGGGUGUAA